CCAACCAAUCAGCGGUGGCCUCCGUCCCGCCCCGCAAGAACAGCCAAUGAUGGCGCAGCCGGGCCGGAAGUGCUUCCGACCGGACGGCGUUUCCACGGACGCUUAGGAGACGCCUGGACGCGGAACCGGCGGCGCCGACAAGCCCACAUGGGCCGUGUCUGCCACGAGCCAGGGGCUUUGCUUUUAAUAUCACCCUCAGUCCCCUCCACGGUAAAGGAAGGAGGCUCCGGUAUGCCCAUUUCACAGAAGAGGAAACCGAGGAUGAAGCAGAGAGUCUGUCAGGACCACUGAGCGACUCUUCCAUUGCCCAGCUGUAAGCCUCGGUCUUCGGAGAUGGCUGACGAGCAGGGGUGUGCCUCCCCGCUGGAGUUGUUCAACAGCAUAGCUGCUCAGGGGGAGCGCGUGAGAGCCCUCAAAGCCGGGCAGGCGUCCAAGGAUGAACUUGAUUCUGCAGUGAAGAAGCUGUUAUCACUAAAAAUGAGCUACAAAGCGGCCAUGGGGGAGGACUACAAGGCUGGCUGCCCUCCAAACAACCCGGCACCUGCGGGGGAUAGUGGCCCAGAUGCCACGGAAGCUGAAGAGGAUUUUGUGGACCCGUGGACGGUACAGACGAGCAGUGCAAAAGGUGUUGACUAUGACAAGCUCAUUGUUCGGUUCGGAAGCAGUAAAAUUGACAAAGAGCUGAUAAACCGAAUAGAGCGAGCCACGGGCCAGAGACCACACCGCUUCCUGCGCAGGGGCAUCUUCUUCUCACACAGGGACAUGAACCAAGUCCUCGAUGCCUAUGAGAACAAGAAGCCGUUUUACCUGUAUACGGGCAGGGGCCCCUCUUCCGAAGCCAUGCACGUCGGCCACCUCAUCCCGUUCAUCUUCACAAAGUGGCUGCAGGACGUGUUCAAUGUGCCCUUGGUCAUCCAGAUGACGGACGACGAGAAGUACCUGUGGAAGGACCUGACCCUGGACCAGGCCCAUGGCUACGCCGUGGAAAAUGCCAAGGACAUCAUCGCCUGCGGCUUUGACAUCAACAAGACCUUCAUCUUUUCUGACCUUGACUACAUGGGGAUGAGCCCAGGCUUCUACAGGAACGUGGUGAAGAUUCAGAAGCACGUGACCUUCAACCAAGUGAAAGGCAUUUUUGGCUUCACGGACAGUGACUGCAUCGGGAAGAUCAGCUUUCCUGCCAUCCAGGCUGCUCCCUCCUUCAGCAACUCGUUCCCGCAGAUCUUUGGGGACAAGACGGACGUCCAGUGCCUCAUCCCCUGUGCCAUCGACCAGGACCCUUACUUCAGGAUGACGAGAGACGUCGCCCCCAGGAUCGGCUAUCCUAAACCAGCCCUGCUGCACUCGACCUUCUUCCCCGCCCUGCAGGGGGCCCAGACCAAGAUGAGUGCCAGCGACCCCAACUCCUCCAUCUUCCUCACAGACACUGCCAAGCAGAUCAAGACCAAGGUCAACAAGCACGCGUUUUCUGGAGGGAGAGACACCAUCGAGGAGCACAGGCAGUUUGGGGGCAACUGCGACGUGGACGUGUCCUUCAUGUACCUGACCUUCUUCCUGGAGGAUGACGACAAGCUGGAGCAGAUCAGGAAGGAUUACACCAGCGGAGCCAUGCUCACCGGGGAGCUCAAGAAGGAGCUCGUGGAGGUCCUGCAGCCCCUGAUCGCGGAGCACCAGGCCCGGCGCAAGGAGGUCACGGAGGAGAUAGUCAGAGAGUUCAUGACCCCCCGGAAGCUGUCCUACGACUUUCAGUAACACCCAUUUAUCUCUGUACAUAAAGAAGCAAAAUUAACCAGAGCCCCAGCCCAAUCGAAUCACUGCUGUACUUAGGCCGUCACAGCUUCCUGGGCCUGGUGUCGGUAACCCUGUGUCAGUACUGUUUCUCCCUGGGCCAUCCUUUCCAUCAGGGCCAAACCCUGUGCGCUGCCUGCGCACCGGGCGCCAGGGCAGGAGUCCCGCUGGUUCUCUCCCACAAGGCACCCCGGCCCGCCCAGAGCCAGCCACAGGGAGCACUUCCACUGGAAAACACCCUUCGGUUCCACAUAGACCCUCAAAGCCGCUGGAAAGGGAGCCUAUAGUCUGCAUGUACAUUUCAGGACUGCCCCCAAAACCAAAAAGAAUUGCCAGCUGUGCAUUUAACGGAGAGAUCUCCCAGCUUGAAGCUGCUUUUCAUACUGAAUAUCGCCCGAGGAGGCCACUUUUAUUAGGUUGAGUCUGCAGGAGAAACUCCACACGUGAGCUCCAGCCCCACGUGUUGUCUGGCAGUCUCUGCCCUUCUCUGAGCCUCCCCACACCGCUUCCAGCAGCUGGCCCCGGGGACAGGCUCUCCACCCUGAGAACCAGCGCUGGGCCCCCUGCCGGCUGCUGUGGGGAGUCUGCGGCCUUUGCAGACACCUUUGUCCUGACACUUGGCUGGCAUGGAGGCCUGCACCCUGCCGGUGCCCCGGGCGUCCUGGGCGGUGGAGAGCACACAGCAGCCCCCAGGCCCCAAGGGAGCCGUUCAGUCUUGUGCCCCGUGUAGUCUGGGAAAGCCCUUGUGGGGGUGCAGGGUCCACUCCUGAAUGCUCUACCCUCUUGUCACUUGUUGGCCUAAAUAAAUCUCUGGUCCCGCCUGUGUGGCUGUGUUGUGUGGAGUUUGAGCAGGACAGGGGCCUCGCUUCAGGCCCCUGGGUGUGCUGCGCCUGCCACCGAGCCGCGGCUGCUCCGAGGAUGGCCCUUGAGUCUGCUGGAGUCACAGUGGGGGUGUAGAAGGGGAGGCCCACAGUGCAGGAAGCCCCGAGGCACAGACACAGGCUCCCAGGAACCUGUCCCCCCUUAACAGUCCUGGUCUGGACUCUCACCACUUCCGGUGGAGAAUGCAAGCAAAGGUCCUUAUUUUGUGCAUGGGAUGGUCCAAGGUGGGGCUGUGUAGUGACAGGUGCCAGUCUACCAGCCAACCAGGGCUCACUCUACCCACCGUCUUCAUUUUGUUACAGGGCAGUAAGGAGCUAGGAAAAUUCCAGGGCAAGUGGAAUAGGGAAACAGACAGGAAAGUUAAAACAAGGCAAAACUAUUGGCAGCCAGCUUGUAACUAACAAACCAUUAUCUUCCUCAGCCAAGGACACGAGGGCAAAUGGUUAAAAGCCUCCCUAAUGAGAGAAUGCAGGAAAGGAGGGGAGGGGGAAAGGUAAAAGGGGCAGCUUUACUCCCUAAGCAGAGAAGCCAGCAAGGCUCUUCGAGACACAGUUGCCAGAUGCUUCUCGUGAAUUCUGGGAAGGCCACAGCAAUGUAAAAAGGGAACUUGAGAAUUAAUUUGUACCAAAAUAGUCAGCAGAGGAAUUCUGAAACCUGCAGAUGGGAGGGUAUAUAGUAAUACCUCCGACCCCCACCCAACCUGCUCUUCCGAUUAACUGAGAGCUCACCUGCGCUUCAUAAGCCAAAUAUAUAUAGGUUUGCUUCUUUAAUGCAGGUGCAUGCUUUCAUUGCUUUAAUAAAUUGGCUUUACACAACGCA